AAGAAAUUCCUUGAGACUUGCUUCAAAUACCUCCCCUCGGAUGGGCAGGUCAAUUUGUCAGAGGAUGUUUCCGGCUGCCACAACGAUGAUGAACUCCGCCAACUAGCUGCCAGCAUUGAUGCCGGCUUACUACGUCCUCUUCUGUCUACGAGUGGGAAGACGCCUGUUAUCACUCCCUCCCCCCGUAUCAGCUUUGACGAUUCGGUCGAAGACCUCAACUCCCUCGAUAUCACACCAGGAAAUCGAACUGACCAAGAGCGACUUCGCCGAAACUGUCUUCGGCGAGAUGGAUUUCGGAUUGUCACAUUGACUAGUCACGACGGUCGCUUUCCUCUUCCUGAAGUCCAAUACUUACAGUUGCAUGCUGCCGUUGGCAACAUCUUGCAUGCAAGUGGCCGGGCAGAAAGCAUUGAAAAGCUUAUACGACAUCUAGAAGAGAGCGACAGUUCGGUAUUAGCGAAGGAUGGCAGUACGAACAUCAGCGAUCUGCUCUCGGUCAGUGAUCUUUCCUGCUAG